GGCGGGGUUGAACGUUUUACUACCCUAGGACGAAAUGGAAAUAAUCCAUGCGACGGAGCGCAUUGUGACACAACGUUACACUUUUGGACAAUGUGGUGAGGACUGCACAGUCAAAUGGUCAAGCCAAGUGCAACAAUGGCGCAAAUGUUUUCGUCCGGAUGAGCGAGGUUUGAUUUUGUGGGAGGAAGGUUACAAUAUACAAGUCAUGAGAAGCUUUUUAAAGACAUCAGUCUUGCCAUGUUUGUUGUUGUUGGCAUGGUCUGCAAACGUUGUUAUUUCAAGCAACAGUACAAGGAAAAGCUCAAUACAAACCAAGAAUGACAAUCUUUUUGGUAAUGUUAACAGCAACACAAAGCAUGACAGUCGACAAAAUGGAGACAAGGAUAUAAAUCAUAAAACACUUACAUUACCACAGAACAACAACCUUAAGAGAGACAAAAAAAUUCAGAAUGCUGAUAAUCUUAAAUUCAAGCAAGUUGGUACUAUCAGCAAACAAAAUACCACCUGCUUCAAACCAACAUUAGAAAACUUCCCAAGGGACUUAUUUUCCGAUAAAGAUCGAAAGAAUGGCGUUAUAGCAUUGCAUGUUGCAAUAUCUAUCUAUUUGUUUUCAAUUUUAGCUAUGCUAAUACAAGCGUAUCUGAUGGGUGCCAUCAAAACAAUGGCAGAUAACUUCCGAAUUGCAUCAGACUCUGCUCGAAAUACCAUAACUGUUGUUGCUUCCCUGUUACCAGAAUUUUGUUGUUCAUUGAUUGGGAUUUUUGUAUCAAAAGGAAACAUAGGAGCUGCUACUGUGAUUGGUUCAUGUGCAGCUAACAGUUUGCUAACACUUGGUGUUGUAGGAUUACUUAUCAGUGAACCCGUCAAAUUAAGUUGGUACCCACUCUGGCGUGACAAUAUAUUUUACAUGGUCACUGUGACUAUAUUGCUUUGGACAUCAUAUGAUCAUGAGUUGAGAUGGCAAGAGUGUUUGUUUCUUGUUGCAGUUUAUUUAGUUUAUUUGCUGAUUAUAAAUUUUAAUCAUAAAGUGGAACGUGGUGUGCGAAGAAUUGUGUUAAUUUAUAGAACAGGUGAUGAUGAGCAAGAGGCAGACCAGGAGUUAGAGAAAACUCCUAGAAUAGAGCGGCGGAAACUUUUUGAGCGAAGAUCAUCAAAACCAACUACUUUUGUUGAAGAGACUAUACCGGAAGAGAAUUCAGACGACAUCAACGGUGAGCAUCUUGACGAUCCAUUGGACAUACCACAUGAUCCUGAUACAAUCAGUCUGCAAACUGAAGGUGUUCCCGAUCAUUACAACAGUCGUGAAGAUCGAAUAUCUCUUUGUACCGAAGAUGGUUAUACAUCGGGCGGUGGCUAUGGUUACCAUUCCGACGGAGGUUAUUUGUCAGAACGAGGCUACUUAUCGGAAAGGGGCUAUCAUUCUGAAAAAGGAUACGGUAGCAUUAAUUAUAAUUUCGAUGCAAAGGAGGGUUACGCUUCAGAGGGAGACUACCUGUUCUCCACCUCUCCAAGAAGUCAUGAUUAUCACGUGACCAGGUUUGCACGUCAUGCGCAGCGUGUGACGACACGCAUGAAGAGAAGAUUAGUUCAAGGAUCGUUCUUCAUGACGCUCAACAUGGAUCAUUACAUUGACGGACCCUUGUCUCCGUUCAUUGUCCCCGAAAGAUGGUACAUGAAAAUCCUAUGGGCGUUUAGUAUACCGGCUAUAUGUGUUUUUCAUAUCACUAUACCGGAUUGUCGAAAACCAACAUGGCGGGCGUACUAUCCGUUGACUAUUUUAUCGUGCACCGUAUGGGUGGCUUUACUGUCUUAUGCCUUGGUUUGGAUAGCAGUAGAGAUUGGGUAUGUGUGGAAGGUACCAGACUCCGUGAUGGGAUUUGCUUUUCUUGCCACCGGGUUGUCGUUUUCCGAGAUUGUGGCAACGUACUUGCAAACGCAGGCCGGACACGGAUACAAAGCGGUAUAUAGCAUAUACGGUAGCAACGUUUUCAACAUCACGAUUAACUUGGGGUUAGUUUGGUUAAUCAAGAGCGCCAUUCACAAUCCGUACGAGUUGAAUAACGGGUCGAUUAUUUUUGUAAAUUUAUGUCAGCUGAUUAUCGUUCUCACGCCGUUGUUGUUGCAGUUCACUAGAUGGCGUUUAAACAAGAUUCUGGCUGUUGUGUAUUUAUUUUUAUACUGUUGCUUUACAACGAUUGUUGUUUUAUUGGAAUACGACAUCAUUGGAGAAUUUAAUCCCCCGGUUUGUCUCGAUUAGUUGACUCGCUUUUCCCGUCUGGCGUUUUGUUAGUCCAAGUUAAUAAGAUUAAAGAACGAACAUAGGAGAAAGAGAAUGGAAGUAAAAAAACAGCUUAAACGCUGUCUCAUGUUUCAAAAAAAAUUUAUUUAUAAGAUAUUUUUAUGGAGAGAAAUUUAUUUAAUUUUUUUAUUAAUGUCAACAACACAUGUAAAUAGCUAAAAUUUUUAAACUAACCUCUUGACAUCGUCUCGAUAUUUGUUCGAAAGCCUAAAAGAAACUUCAAAAUUAUUUACA